GUGUUUCAAUAAUUAAAAGUUCUUCAUACGCGUUUUGAUGAAGAAUUUUCGUCUUGCACAUGUGACAAAUUCGCUAUAAAUCUGUUGUUCGCGUGCUCGAAGAAAGGUAGUUCAAAAUAGAGAUACAAACGUUUGCUGUCUAAAAGUCGUUAAUUUUCAUGUUCUACUUGACGUGAAAUGACUAAAAAGAAAUGAUUCGCAUUGCAAUUAAAAACUGUUCAAUCACAGCCUUUAUCACAUCAAAUGUCAGAAAACGGCGGAUGCCUCUUGUAUGCAUAAAAUGAUGUGAGUUUCUGUGGGAGAAGUUUCAAAAGGAUUUGUCUUUUAUAGUGAAAACAUCAAACUAGUGUCCAAUCGUGUAUUUGAAUGUUCCUAAAAUGGAACACAACAAAGUAACAAAAUUGGUGUUUGUUCUAGUGGCUAUUUUAUUAGUGCAAAUUGAUUUAGCUAACACAGCGUUGACAAUGAAACAGUUUGAGAAAACAUUGGAAGUUUUUCGCAAUGCAUGUCUGCCAAAAAGCGGUGCGGCCGUUGAAGCGGUUGACGCACUGAAAAAGGGAGUAUUCCCAGAUGACGACAAAUCGCUGAAGUGUUACGUUUACUGUGUGAUUGAAAUGGGGGGUGUCUUGUCAAGGAAAAAGGAAGUCAUCGAUGCAAAAAUGGAAACACAGGCUCGAGUUAUUCUACCGCCGGAAUUACAGGAGUUCGCAUUGAAGGGAUGGGAGAAUUGCCGUACCGUUCGUGAGUUGUUGAAGCAAUUUUUCGACACAUGUUGCUUUUCAUUUUCAUACGAUAAAUUAUUUCAUUACAGCGAAACAGUACAAAGACCACUGCGAUCGAAUUUAUUACACAGUCAAAUGCACUUACAACACGGACCCAUCCAAAUUCACAUUCGCAUAAAUUUGUAGCGAAAUCAUUGAUGCAACAAUAAUGAAUAUAACUUCUACAAACUAACGCCAGAAGCCAGAAAAUUCCUCUAAUCUUUAGUUCUUCUAUUUAUGUGGAUAAUUCGAUAAUUGUUUGAACUUUGUGUUGUUCGAACAAAUGAAUAGCAUUACACCAGACACCAUUAAUAAAACAAAACAUUUUGCAAUUUCAGAUAAGACACAUAGAAUUACAUUUUGCUAGACAUUUUGAGUCAUCCAGGUGAAUGACAAUGUUGUGUGAUAGCAUUCACCGUGCACAUGUGCAAUUAUAGUUGUCUUUUUUGUCAUAUCAUUCAUCAAACGUCGGAAGCUCAACAAAUGAUUGAAACAAAUGAUGCCUGCAAAUGAGUCGCAGCUUUUUUUCUCUCUUUUUUCUAUCCAUUUGGUUGAAUGAAUAUGAUAAACUUGAAUAUCAUUUACUUGGAAUCAAAUGGCAGUACUGCGAAUGACAGGGACGAUAUUUAGAUUCUCAUUAUAGAUACUUUUUGCUCCAUUUUUAAGGGGCGACGUAGCACAUUUUCCACCGCGAAAUCUUCAAGGCCAAGUGAAACAACACCACAUGAUAGAAGCAGUUCAUCUUUAUACGUACUUCUCUUUGUAUUCAUCUAUUUAUAGCGUUGUUAUGACAUUGAAAUAAAAAAAACACAGAGUUCUCUUUGAUAGCGCCUUUUUCUUUAAUUACACCAUCUGUUCGUCUCGUAUGAAUGGAUUUCAUUUGCUUUAUUUUAUCAACUGAAACAUUCUGCUACUCCAUAGGUUUUUUUCUCGGUUCUUUUUAUUGCAAUAAAAAGAAAUCAUCACACACAAUACAAACUUUUCCAAAUUGAAGAAAAAAAAAUUUCUUGCAUAUGGAAUAAGAAAAAAAUAGUCUUAAUUCUCAA